AUGCCUGAUGCCCAGAUUCCUCUCAACAUCGACGGCCGCAGAUGGCUCUUCAAGAAGCCUGCGAGUGCUAGUGCGGAGAUGGCACUCCUCAUGACACAUGUGAACGGAAAGGUUUUCGAGCUUCAAACCAAGCUCAAACAACAGAAGGAGCAAAGGAAGACCCAGCAAGAUCCGCUCAAGGUGCUGGCCGCUGAGGAGUCUGGCAAGACGAAGAAAGCUUCCGCGCCCAAAGCCAAGGCUAAAGGUAAGGCCAAGGCAAAAGGUGGCUCCAAGGGUUUCGAAGAGAUUACAUACGACCACGGGAAGACCGAUCGCGAAGUGUCAGUGCACGGAUCACAGGGAACGACGCUGACAAGAGACAAAUAUUUUGUGGACUGUCUUGUGAUGGCAAUCCGCAGUGCCAUCCGCACGGCACGUGUCAGAUUUGGUGAGACGGAUGGCAUGCCGGUUCAGCAAGAGGAGCAGUUGGUGUACACUGAGUCGGAAAUUCAUGUUCUUCGCGAAUGCGUCAGGCAUGGGCUGUAUUUCUGUUACUCAGGCAGCUACAUCUUGAAGAAAGUUCACAAGAAGUGGAGCUCUAUGCGACCUGCAUUGCAGGGACAUGCUCUUCAUCUUUGCGAGCAGGCAAUGACCGCGUCACGCACCCUGAUCACCAGCAGUGGAUGCAGUACAGAUGAUCAGAUGGUGCAGCGCCUGUCGGAAGCCCUGGUGCUGCCAGCGGCCAGCACAGGUUCAGUUUCCAGCAGCGACAUGGCUCAGGUGUUGCAGGCCCUAGAGAACAAGAACCUACAUGCUGUUCUGCCACCGCUGUGUUUGUGGGUUCAGAAUGAGAUUGCAUCCACCAAGCUUCCCAAUCCUUUGCAAGAGACAGUGACGAAGCAUAUGACCUUCAACAAGAUCAUGGGACGAUGGGAAACUAUGUGCAGCUGUGGAGAGCACGGGACCAGUGCUUGA